GCCAUGCUAGCACCGGGCAUUCGAGUGGCCCGCGGUCCCGACUGGAUCUGGCAUGAACAAGAUGACGGCGAAGGACACGUCGGGACACUGUGUGAAAUAGGACGAUUCGGAUCGACCCACUCACCGGACAAGACGGUUGUUGUCAACUGGGAUUCGGGCCACCGGACAAACUAUCGUGUCGGUUACCAUAAACAGUACGAUCUGAUUGUGAUCGACAACGCACAAAUAGGCGUGAAACAUCAGAACGUUCUUUGUGACGGUUGCAGUAAAGCAGGCAUCACUGGCAUACGGUUCCGGUGUGCUGAAUGUCCGUACUACGAUUUGUGCGCCACCUGCUACGGUAAUGACCUGCAUGACCUAGAGCAUCCCUUCAUCCGCUUUCAGACUGCCAACUCGCUCGGCAUCCUUCUGCCACCACGGAAAGGUUCGACCAAGAUACAGUUAAAAGGAAUCUUUGCCGGUGCGAGAGUUACACGUGGUCCUGACUGGGAAUGGAAUAAUCAAGACGGCGGUCCGGGCAAAUCUGGUCGUGUUUUGGAAAUUCGCGGCUGGGACAACGAAUCCUGCCGCAGCGUGGCGAGUGUAGCUUGGGCGUCCGGCUCAACCAACGUGUAUCGGCUCGGACACAAGGGAAACGUUGAUCUGCGUUACGUGCAGCCGUCUGUCGGUGGAUUUUACUACAAAGAUCACAUGCCAGUAUUAGGACAACCAGAAGAACAGCAACCGGUUUCACCACCGGUGCGUUCGAAUUUUUCCGUCGGCGACCGUGUCCAGGUGGCUAUUUCAGAAGAGCGCCUAAAGACGUUGCAACAGGGCCAUGGAGGAUGGAACCCGCGCAUGGCCGAAUAUCUGUCAAAGGUUGGCAUCGUGCACAGGAUCACGGACAAGGGUGACAUCCGGGUGCAGUAUGAGGGCUGUACUAACCGGUGGACCUUCCAUCCGGCAGCGCUAGUGAAGAUUUUUAGUUUCAACGUCGGUGAUAUAGUUACCUUUAUUGCGGAUGCUGCUAAAAUGCAACAGCUCCAGAAAGGUCACGGCGAGUGGAUCGAAACGAUGCACAAUGUGUUGGGCAAAUUGGGAAAAGUGCUCAAAAUCUACAGCGACGGUGAUUUGCGCGUACAACAAAUGGACGAAGACAUGGCGUGGACAGUGAACCCAAUGUGUGUAAAGCUAUCGACUGCGGCGCAUGCUGCCGCGACAGAGCGCUCCAACAGCAUGCGAGAUCUAAGCAAUCAGCGUAUCAACGUACACCAUAUGGCGCCAUUAGCCGGGCUGGGUGGUCCUACGGCUCCCGAUCGGUUGGUACGCGAAGCGGCUCUGGGUAACCUCGAAUUCGUCCAGACCUUCCUGAACAUUAAUCCGGAAGCAGUGGAUUGCGUAAGUGGUGGAAAAACCUGCCUUCAGGUGGCUGCUCACCAGGGUCACGUAGAGUUGGUGAAGUAUUUACUGAUGACGGGUGCCAAUGUAAACGUUACAGACAAGGAAGGCGACUCAACGUUACACUAUGCAGCAUUCGGCAACCAACCGGAAAUUAUGCGUGUCCUGUUACAACAUAAUGCCAGCAUCGAUGAGCUCAAUUCGGCCCACUGUUCGGCAUUGCACAUCUCCGCACAUAAAAAACCACCGCACUGUGUCAAGGUGUUAUUAGAGUUCGGUGCAAACGUUAAUGUGCAGGACGCGUACGGUGAUACGGCACUGCACGAUGCGAUCGGCAAAGAAAACAUCGAGGUAGUGGAGAUGCUUUGUGGUUGCCCUACGCUUGAUCUUACUAUCCGCAACCAUCGUGGAUUCAAUGUGUUGCAUCACGCGUCCCUCAAAGGCAAUGUACAUGCAACACGACACAUCAUUCGGUUGGCACGUCAACUGAUGAAUGUGCGUAAGGAUGAUGGGUUUUCAGCGCUACACCUAGCGGCCCUCAACGGUCAUACGCGUAUUAUUGAGGUGUUGGUUCAGGAAGGUCAAGCGGACAUAAACAUCCGUAACAACCGCAGCCAAACGCCAUUUCUGCUGGCAGUCUCGCAAGGACAUACGGCCUCCAUCGAAAAGCUGGUUGAUCUCGGAUGCGACGUACGAGCGCGCGACGAAGAUGGCGACAACGCAAUGCAUCUGUGCAUCAUCAAGAAAGCGAAUCUGGUGCAGGACGUUUCGCCAACGGAUGCUCCGAAAAUUCACGACAUUUACCAAUCGCUGGCUGGUAUUGUGAUCGAACAUCGACUCAUGUAUGCGCUGUUAUGCUUUCUCGCCAGUGAAGGUUGUCCGCUCGACGUCAACCACAAAGGUGCUCGCGUACUUGACUGGAUCGGGAGCCCACAAAUAAAGGAAAUCAUCGUCGAAUACGAACGAACGCGGUUAGCGAGGGAAGCUGCUGCUGCUGCCGCACCGAAUGGUCCCAUCAUUUCUACAAGUCUCCCAGCCAAUCCCUCCGGUGGAACAUCCUCGCGCAACCUGCCCAACCCUGAAGAGGACACACCACCACAUCAUCAGUUGGUGUCUAACCUAGAAGCGAUGAACAUUGCGGGACUCGCAGUCGAGUCAAUAGGUAACGGAAGGGUGGAAAAGCUUGCGGACGCUGCCGGCAGUACAUCGCUUGCGCUUGAGAACGGACUGGCAGGUGUUAGUGGAUUGCAGCAUCCUGUCUCGUCCGUUCCAAGCAAUCCUCCAACACCAGCACGACGCAAUAGGGGCCAUGGGGCUCGGGAUGCCGCUGGUACGCUUGUCACACCACCCGCCGUUCUCGGUGCUGCUGGCAGUCAUUGUGAUGAGACAGAAUCCAACCUACUUCACCCGUCUGCCGUGGCAAUCUCCUCAUCAUCAUCAUCUGUCCCCGUGAACAUCAGUCCUACUACCGCCGGUAACGGCAACACCAUGCCUGUAGAUAGCCCCGCUCGGUACAAGUCACCAAACAGAGCCUUAUCGCCUGCAUUGGGCGACCCCCUACCAGCAGCCUCCACACCCCCGCCGCAUGGUUCAUCCUCGCCGUCAUUGAGCUCCGGAAUUAGUGUCGCUCCCUCGUCGAAGCAUAUCAGCCGGCGGCAAUUCGUGAUGGACAAGAACUCGGCACCUGCGCUACCACCAUCAACAACUUCCAAUCUUCCCGCCGCAACUUCCUGCUCAGCUAGUCCGACGCCUCCAGCUACAGUUGCACCACCGGUACCACCACCGCUCCCUGUAACAGCAUCCCACCUGCAACAUCACCUUCAACAAGCGCUGCCCCCGACUGAAGCACCACGUGAAUGUAUCGUGUGCAACGAAACAUUACAACUGAUCGUGUUCGAUCCCUGCCAUCACCAGAUUGCUUGUGAGGAGUGUGGUUUGCGCAUGAAGAAAUGUCUAACCUGUGGGAUGCACAUCGAUCGUCGCACAACCGCUGCCGGAUGGCCACUGCAUGGUCCGAAGGAGGGCCGGCAUCCGUCCGCUGAUCGGCUGCGCUACCUCGAGAGUAAAAUCAUCGAAAUCGAGGAAACGCAUUGCUGCAGCAUCUGCAUGGAACGUCGGCGGAAUAUAGCGUUCUUGUGCGGGCACGGUUCCUGCUCAAAAUGUGGGGAAACGCUCAAGAUCUGUCACAUGUGCCGGAAGCCGAUUACGAAAAAGAUCAAUCUUUAUUAAGUCGCACGAUGUACCAAUACCAGGGUUUGAACUGGAGUUAGCAAAUUAUCUAGACUCGAAAGUUUGUUGUCUAAUAGUGAAGGCUGUAGGAACCACUUUAGAACACGAUAUUCAUUGGCUGGAGACAUCGAGACACAUGGCCACACAGGGAUUAAAAAAGUGGUUAAAUCGACAUACCUUACGAAGGAAGGAUUUGUAUGUAAGUGUUCACUAUUUAUUUCACAAAGCUGCCUAAGCUCACCCAGUAGCUCAGUAGGUUUGGGUAGGAAUAAUUUGUUUCAUCCAGUCCCGCAAACAGCUGCCCCUGAGUAACACAAGCAGCGCCAAGAGCCGAGGGCGCAGAGGUAAACGAAAAGGUUAUCCAAUAUCGGACGCCCCAUCUUAUUUUUCCUAAAACCUAGUCCUAUUCGUAUUAUGUGUUUAGGCAGAGGUUGCGGGCGUGUAGGGUUUAGUUACGUUUCGUAAGCUAAACGACUGUGCGCGUCGUGUGUAUAUGUAUUUUAUGAUAUAGUAUGUGUUAUAUAGAUAAAGGUAUAUAAAUUUAAAUACGAUGUAUGACAAAUGUGUUGAACGAUAAAACAAAGUUGCCGAUAGCGAAUGGAGAAUCGCUGACUUUUUAUUCAUGUGAAUGUGUGUAAUCGUGUCCUUCUCUUCGCGUUCUUUUUAGUUCAUGACAUUAAACUGCAUCUUUCCAUUUGCUUACACAAUAAAAUAAAAGGUCAGGAAGAAAAAAAACAAAAAAAACUAUCGUACUUUUGCCAAAUAUGAGAAGAAUUUCCCAAAAAAAAUACGCCCGUCGUUGUUCGUCUUUUCACUACACAAAAGCAAAUCUCUUCUAGUUGUAAUGCUUGUUUGGCUGUUGUUUGAUCUCUUUUGUUUGUUGUAACUACUGCAUUGCAUUAAAGUAUGCUAAAAAAGCUUCAACUGUUUGUAUAUUGAUAUUUCUACAAACAAAUACACACAGUGAGAUGUGGACAUAAUGAACAGGAAACGUAAAGAAACAGAGUAUCACUAAAUGUUGAUGACGCACGCUAAUUUCGAUCUGUACAUACCUACCGUU